CUUAUGCACCUUGCGCCUAUCCAGCCCACCUCGCACUCCCAUUCGGUCCCUAGCUUAAUCCUCCCUAAUAACAGCACGUUGUGCCGCCCGGACCAGGGUUCGCAGCCAUUAUCACCAACGCCUAUCGCCCCGCUAUUGCCUUCACUACAUCACUGGAACGACAUCCAAACAACACUUCUACCAACACUCCCUUCAACCAACGACACUCAUUGCCCGCAACGGAUUGUGAUUCACCGAUUGAUCCAUUGGCCUUUGGAACUGUUCUCUCUUCCGGACCUCUCUACCUUUUGAUCACUCUUCUGCCGGCUUCCUAUGAGUGUUAGACAGCCUGUAAAGUGAUCCGGAUCCCAUUGUGGUGGACGCUUUCGACCAUGCUCCCAACUCCCCCAGCUUCUCCCAAGCCAUCUGGACUAUGCAGCCCAGAGGAUCGUACAGGACAGAUCUUGGCCGGUAGCAUUCAACUCACAGGCAUUCUGGGCGUUGGCGCAUACGGCACCGUGUACAAGGCACGAGACAUCGUUACUGAUGCACAGUACGCUGUCAAGGCCUUGAACAAGGUCGGCCUCGAUGCACGACAACGCAAAUUCCUGGACCGCGAGAUUCAAUUGCACUACGCCGCGAGCCAGCAUCCCAAUGUGGUUUCCUUGGUCAAGAUCUUGGACUCGCCCGAGUGCACGUAUGUUGUGCUAGAGUACUGUCCUGAAGGUGACCUGUUCACCAAGAUCACCGAGGAAGGCCACUACGUCGGAGAGGACUUCAAGGCCAAGCAGGUCUUUCUGCAAAUUCUGUCUGCUGUCCAGCAUUGCCACGCGCGAGGAAUCUUUCACCGCGAUCUCAAGCCUGAGAACGUGCUCGUGAUGGACAAUGGUUGGACCGCCAAGCUGGCCGACUUUGGACUUGCAACCCAGGAGCGAGUUACUUCAGAUUUCGGAUGUGGAUCGACUUUCUACAUGUCACCAGAGUGCCAAAAUCCAAACCCAAAACCAUACGCAUGCUACGCAUCGGCACCCAACGAUGUUUGGUCGCUCGGUGUGAUUCUCGUCAACCUGACCUGUGGCCGCAACCCGUGGAAGAGGGCCUCCAUGGACGACCCAACUUUCCGUGCCUACAUGAAGGAUCGCAACUUCUUGCAGUCCAUUCUUCCCAUCACUGAUGAGUUCAAUGCAAUCCUGCAGCGAGUCUUUGAGGUGAACCCUUACCGCCGGAUUGGAUUGGACGAACUCCGUGAGCUCAUGGUCCGAUGCCCUCGUCUGACGACCCAGGAGUCUUCCAACGCAAUUUCGGCCCCAGCCACCCCACCAUACAGCCCAGUGGAGAAGGCCGUCGACACUACCUUUGUCAACGGUGCUUACGAACCUGUUCCUCACUUGGAUCUGUCUGCACAGCCGUGCAUGGCACCCAACCAGGAGUACCUCCAUCACCAAUCAGCCCUCUACACACCACCUUCAUCCGGGCCUUGCACACCCCAGCCUACCAUUUAUACGCCGCAGCCGAAGUCCACGGUCCAUUCCAUGUACACUGGACCUUUCUUUGGCAAUCUCCCCACGUUCGGUGGCCGAUGUGGGCAGAUGUUUGCCAAUCUCAACAUGCCCAGCCACGCCUGGGCUUCCACCUUUUAAUUUCGGAGGCCUCGAACGCUGGACCUUUUUUUGUUUCACUUGUCCAUACUGUCCAGCCUUAUCUUACUCAGCCUUCCGGAUCACGAUUUUAUGGGAAUGGCCUGACCUGGAGCGACUUUGCCGGCGUUGUUUCUUACUCUCCGAAAAGGAAAAUGUAAAAGAUACCCCAGUCUGUUUGAUUUAGCGAAGCGGAGGAAAGUUGUUGAUUUGUUUUCUUUGCACUUGGAGUUCGGCACCAAAAGGGAACGUGUGCCACAGGGAAAAGGCCACAGCUCAAGAGGAGCAUGAUAGAACUUCGUCGUUGUGGGGAGCAUUUACUGGCGUUCAGACGAGCAUCACGACUAGAGCAACGAUGGCAUGUAUCAUGAGGACCAGAGGCUACCUGGAGAGUGGUCGCAGUAGACCAGAUUUUGUUGUAUACUACUAUGACUACGACCCGCAAGGGCAAC